ACUAUUAAAAACAACUUGAGCAAAUGAUUCACAGCUCGAUUUAGGUUCGCCAAAUUUUAAUUUUAAAUAUGUUUGCAGGUAUUUCUGGAAAUCAGCCCUCGCAGCAAGCAAUGAGGCCAGAGCUGUUUGAGGAGGUGAAACUUUAUAAGAAUGCACGAGAAAGAGAGACGUAUGACAACAUGGCAGAUCUGUUUUCCAUUAUCAACACUCUGCAGUGUCUCGAGAAAGCUUACAUCAGAGAUGUUGUAACACCACGAGAGUACACUGCUGCUUGUUCUAAGUUACUUGUUCAGUACAAGGCUGCCUUCAAGCUUGUGCAAUCAGCUGAGUAUCCAACUGUAGAAGCUUUUAUGAAAAAAUUUAGGCUGGAUUGCCCUGCAGCAUUAGAAAGAAUAAAAGAAGGCAGACCAAUCACCAUAAAGGACGACAAAGGGAACACUAGUAAAGCUAUUGCAGACACUGUUUCACUCUUUAUAACAAUUAUGGAUAAACUUCGACUACAAAUCAGAGCAAUGGAUGAGAUUCAUCCAGAUCUGAGAGAUCUGAUGGAUACCAUGAAUAGCUUAAGUGCACUUCCUGAAGAUUUUGAGGGAAAAGUCAAGGUCAAUCAAUGGUAUGAAACCCUAAGCAGUAUGAAAGCAAGUGAUGAACUUACUGAUGAACAAGUGCGACAGAUGUUGUUUGAUCUAGAGCAAGCUUACAAUGCAUUCAAUAGAUCUCUUCAGCAUACUUAGUUAUUAACCAAGAGUAACGUUAGAAAUCAGUAGAAUUCAGCUGAUUACAACAGAUAGUUUACUUAUAAAUGCAGGUGCUAUGGAUACAAUUUUGGACUGCAUUACAACAACUGUAAAUAGUUUAUCACCCAGGUUUGGCUUCAACAAAUUUAGUGGUAAUAAAAUGUAAGAAUCUGUGAAAGUGAA